AUGAGAGCAUCUCAUUUGGAAAUUAUAUGUCUUAUUGCGUGGUUGGACAAAAUGGAAGAAGAAAGUGACAAUACCGAAUCAACAACGAAAACUCGGUCCGAUGAAUCUCAUUUAUUUGGCUUUUCACGAUUUCGAGGGAUGAUGCAUCGCGGCGACAAAGAAUUUGAAGAAUUUUGGAAUAAUGUCAAUUCGUGUUUUCUUACAUGCAGUGCAUGCACACUUAUCAGUAUGAUGAUAGCCAUAUGCGCUUUUGGAUUCUGGAUGCUCAUAUCGGCCACAAAGACAGGAGCAGAACAGAAACGCUAGAAACGUAAAUGCUACUAUAUCCAAAUUUUCAAACAAAUGAGAAUUAUUUUUCGAAAUAAAGAGUUUGCAC